AUGAUAAAAACUCCCAUUACUUUGAAGGGAGAGACUUUCCAAGAUGAUGUUCUGAUACAUCAAUCUGGGAGUCAAUGGGAUCCUCAAAUCAAGGAAACGGUGGAGUCCAAGACGCAGAACCUUCCAACAAACGGUCAAGCGAUAGAAGGUCUAGCCUCAGACACGUUGUCUUCCACAAAAUCAAUACAAGCUGCCAUAAGAACGAUAAGCACUGACAUCAACGUUUUUGUAACCACCCAAUGCAUCCAAGAGGAGAAUAACAAGAAGCCUCGUCUAGUCCAUAAACCAAAAUAA